AUGCAUACCCUCCACUGCCUCGAUCACAUCCGCAAGUCCUUAUAUCCAGAACAAUAUCAUGAAGACAGCCCGGUACACGGAACGUUGCACAGAGAUCACUGUCUCGACCAUCUCCGACAAACCAUCAUGUGCAACGCAGAUCUUACCCCCAUUCCUUCGAAAUUCUACCUCAGUCUCGGUGAUAAUUACAUCGACUCGAAUCAGCCGCACACCUGCCGGAACUGGAGCAAGGUGCGGGAUUGGGUUUCCGAGAGGUAUAAUGGCAGUCUGGCCGUGCCACCAGCCCCUGGUACGGUUGCAACCGUGUCGGAGUGGUCUUGA